GUCUCCUAUGAAGCGCGCAACCGUGGAAACAAAAUGGCGCUUUCCAAUGCUUUUUUUGAAGUUUUGAGUUUCUCCCCCCAAUUUUCUCUCGCUGCCUUCAUCACACUACAAAUCUCUCACACCUCACUCUCUCUCUCUCUCUCUCUCUCUCUCCCAGAACGCAGUCCAUCUCUCCCUCUUUGUCUCUCGCCCUCUCCAUUUCUUUAUUGAAUACACAACAGAGGGCGAAAGAGGGUGUUGCCACCAUGUCAAUGGCCGAGAACGAAAUGUGCCCGCCCGUCACUCGGGCAGCUAAGAAAAGGGCCGCUGCAGCUGCCCUGGUCGACGAGCAAUCGGCCAAUAAGAAGAGAGUGGUCUUGGGCGAACUUCCUAAUAUGGCCAAUGCCAUUGUUGCGGUGGAUUUAAAGCCCAAACGCAUAACCAAGACCAAGCAGCUCAAGAAGGCCGUGACCACUAAGACGACCUCUGCCCCAAAUGUGAAAACGGAGUAUGCCGAUAUCAAUGCGACGUCGUCAUAUGAUCCGCAAAUGUGCGGACCUUAUGCUUCGGACAUCUAUGAGUAUCUUCACAAAAUGGAGAUGGAACCGAAGAGAAGACCGCUGCCAAACUACCUUGACAAGGUUCAGAAAGAUGUUACUGCUAAUAUGAGAGGGAUAUUGGUUGAUUGGUUGGUAGAGGUUGCUGAAGAAUACAAACUUGGUUCAGACACUCUCUAUCUUUCAGUUUCAUAUAUUGAUCGAUUUUUAUCUCUGAGCACUGUCAAUAGACAGAGACUUCAAUUACUUGGUGUUUCCUCAAUGCUUAUUGCUUCGAAGUACGAAGAGAUUAGCCCUCCACAUGUCGAAGAAUUUUGUUACAUCACGGAUAAUACAUAUACAAAAGAAGAGGUAGUAAAAAUGGAGGCUGAUAUACUCAAGUCCCUGAAUUUUGAAAUGGGAAAUCCUACGCUACUCACAUUUCUAAGGAGAUUCACUAAUGUUGCUAAAGAGAAUCACAAGACUACCAAUUUACAGUUAGAGUUUUUGGGUUACUACCUUGCGGAACUUAGUUUGCUGGAUUACAGCUGUGUCAAAUUUUUGCCUUCUUUGGUGGCUGCUUCGGUUGUGUUUCUGGCUAAAUUUAUUCUCCAUCCAAAGAUGCACCCUUGGUGUUCAACGCUGAAAAAGUAUUCGGGAUAUAAACCAGAUGAUUUGAAGGAAUGUGUUCUUACAAUGCAUGAUUUGUAUUUAAGUAGAAGAGGCGGAUCUUUGCAUGCUCUAAGAGAAAAGUACAAGCAUCAUAAGUUCAAAUGUGUUUCAACCAUGCCUUCCCCUCCGGAGAUCCCACCUUCCUAUUUUGAUGAUGUUAAUUAGAGAUUAUUAGAUCUGCAUCUGUACCUUCAAAAAAAAAAAAAAAAAAAAAAAAAAAGCUUCCCCUGAUAGAAUCCUUUAUCAAUACCACACUUACAUUGCAGUUCAACAUAUUUUGGAAAUCAGACCGGAACAUUGGAAAGGAAACAAUCCCAAAAGUGAGCAUAUAACUGCAAGGGUUGGUGACUUUGGUAUAAUGAUUAUUUGGUUGGAACUGGCAAUUGACCUUAUUCCAACAUUAGACAUCCUGACAGAUGAUUGGCUUUUGCCUGGUGCUUUAUUUGUAAUCUUGCCUUGAGAUGGGUUUUGGCUAAUUAAUCUUUUACUCACUUGCCAUUCUUCUGUCUAUUUUUGUCUCUCACUUGUAUGGAUUACCAGCAAAAAAAUAUAAUGGAUGAUGUGUGGUGCUUGUAGCUUAUAUCAUUGGAGAUCUUUAAUGUAAAUAGGCCAAGUCAUUUUAGGAUUUGUUAGACAGAUGAUCAAGCUUAAUCGGAUCUGAUCUCUGAUUAUUAGAUCGUGAGAGUGAAAAGGAAUCUAAAAUGCGGUUGCAUGAAGGUGAGAGAUGCGCAUAUAAACCAAGCAGCUAGGUUAUAUAUACUCGCUGUAAUUUUGAAGCAUUUUAUGCAUUGUUGUCAGAUCAAUAAGCAUCUAAAGUAUAAGCUCACAUUCUUGAGCAUCAUGUAAAAGUUGCAUUUUGAAUUUAAUACAUUAUUUGAUUAAAACA